UUCCUCCUUGAUAAGAAAAUUAAAAAUACAUUGGUGAUUGUGGAGGUGACGUGUUAAAUUAUUAUAAUUAUUAAAAUACUUAAAAGAUAAAAACUAUGAAAAGUGCAGUAAAUUUACUGUUUUUAAUAGUUCUAUCUGUAUUGCAUACCGUUUGUGGUUUAUACUUCCACAUUGGAGAAACAGAACGAAAAUGUUUCAUAGAGGAAAUCCCAGAUGAAACAAACGUUAUAGUAAACUACAAAGUUGAAUUAUACGAUCCCCGAAGCGGUGGAUAUAUGCCUUCUUCACCCGGUAUUGGAAUGCAUGUUGAGGUUAGGGAUCCUGAUGAUAAAACGCUGUUAUCCCGAGUGUAUAGUUCCGAAGGUCGUAUAUCCUUUACGUCUCACACACCUGGCGAGCAUGUAAUUUGCAUGUUUUCCAACAGUACCGCUUGGUUCAGCGGUUCACAAUUAAAAGUACAUCUCGAUAUUCAAGUUGGUGAACAUGCAAUUAACUACGGAGACGUAGUACAGAAAGAGAAGCUGUCUGAACUCCAGUUACGAAUUCGACAAUUGCUCGACCAAGUGGAUCAAAUCUCCAAAGAGCAAAAUUAUCAACGAUACCGCGAAGAACGCUUCCGACAAACUAGCGAAAGCACAAAUUCUCGAGUUUUGUGGUGGUCGAUAAUACAAACUGCAAUAUUAUUAACAAUGGGCGCUUGGCAAAUGAAGCAUUUGAAGAGUUUCUUUGAAGCGAAAAAGUUAGUUUAGAAUCUCAAUCUUGUUAUUCUGUUUUUUUAAAAAUAAAACGGUUGUAAAAUUUGUAA